AAAAUUAAAAUUUUUUACUUUAGUCAUACGCAUUAGAAAUCAAUUCUGUGGGGUUGUUUGCCCCUUCUCCCCUAUGGCUUCUUCUGCUUUUUAUUUGUCAUGUGCUACUUACAACAAACAUACUUUGUUCAGUUGAUUCGAAUGGAUCCCAUUCAUGUCGCUGCCUCCAAUGACUUUGAUAUGAAAAUAAAUGGGAUUCUUAGCAUUAUCCUGCAAGAUGAGGGAGAUUCAUUCGCCAAGAGGGCUGAAAUGUACUAUCAAAAGAGACCUCAGCUCAUCCAAAUGGUUGAAGACUUGCACAAAUCCUACCGCUCCUUAGCUAUUAAGUACGAGCAGCAGAGAUCCCAACUCAACCACGGUUCUCAUCCAACACUAUUAUCGUCGUUGUCAAGUCCUGUCAACCAAGUCCAAGGACAUGUUGAGUUGAAUGCUGAAGAUCCUGAUCUUGAGACCGAAUUCGACGAUGAUGUCCCGAAUCAUGUGUCUAGCAAGGAGUCAAAGAUGAAGGCAGAGGAUAAAAUUAGGCAGGGAGAGAAAAAGAAAAGGAGCAAUCGCAUUGGAAUGCAGCGGAAUACAAGUGAUGGUUAUGAAGCGGCCAUGUUGGAAAAUGAGAAGCUGUGGAAUGAACUAAGGUUCAAGGUGUCGGAACUGGUAGAGGAUAACUUAAGUCACCAGGCUGAGUUGAUAAGGAGAAACGAUGAGAAGAGAGAAAUGAUUAGAGAUCUUUGUUCCAAGAUGAAGAUGGAUGAGAACAAGGCCCUGACUGCCAACAACACUCGGUCUCAAGUAUCAAGACUUAAGAGGCUAUUCCUUGGGAAGUUUAUGAAAUGAAAGUUCAUGGAGGCAAUUUCUUUCAGUAUCCUACUUCCUCCCACGAUAACAAUAAAACUCAGGCUACUAUUGCUACACAAUAUCCCUCUAUAUUUGGAUUGUCGAAACCAAUUUUUUUUUUUUAAAAAUGGGUUGACUUUGUAUUUAAAAAGAAAACGAAAAAUGGGAGUUGCCACCAAUUUUUUUUUAUGUGGUGUGAUUGGGUCACCUAGUAAUUGAACGUUUUAAUAAAGCGUUUUGAUUUACUAAAACAACAA